AAUGCUAAGCACUGACUACUUCUAUCCACAAAUGUAGUAAACUCUCCCUACAACAUCUUCUUCUCAUUUUUCACUUUUGUUUCUACAAAACAAACCAAGAAAGUUUUCAUACUUUUUCAAAAGGACAAAACCCUAAUUAACCCUUUUUUUUAAGGUGGUCCAUAGUCUUGAUCGAGUAGUACUGGUCCAAUACUAGAUAAAGAGAAAGAUUAGUGUCAAUAUAUUAAGGGGUUAAAAUUUGGGUGUUUUCUUGGAUCUUUGCCUUGUUUAGAAGGAAAAAAAAAAAUAUGGACUGGAAUGGAAAUCUUAGACCCUUUGUUUCUCGACCUGCUCCUCCUGAUAAUUCUUUCAAUCUCCUCUACAGCUACAAUUAUGAUCAAUAUCCAGGUAUGGAAAUGAAGCAUGCAAUGCAAACACAACAAGGUGGAGUGCUCCCAACAAUGGACAAACUGAACAACAACUUUGCCAUGAAUCAGUUGGAUAAGAAGAAAAGAUUGACAAGUGAUCAAUUAGAGUCACUUGAAAACAGUUUUCAAGAAGAGAUAAAACUUGAUCCUGAUAGGAAAAUGAAACUAGCUAAAGAACUUGGGUUGCAACCUCGUCAAAUUGCUGUUUGGUUUCAAAAUAGGAGAGCUAGAUGGAAGUCUAAGCAGCUCGAACGACUCUAUGAUUCUCUUAAACAAGACUAUGAUUUAGUUUCUAGGGAAAAACAGAAGCUUCAAAAUGAGGUGUUGGCAUUAAGAGCAAUAUUGAAGGAACAAGCCACAAAAAAACAAGUGAAUUCCACAGUAUACACUGAAAUAUCAGGUGAAGAGACAGUGGAAAGCACAUCAAUGCCAAGUUCAAACAAGACAAGAGGAAUUACUACAAGUAACCAUCAGAAUAAUAAUAUGGCUGAAUGCAGUUAUGUUUUCAACGUUAAUAAUGUUGAAGGGUUUAAUCCAGUUAUGCCACCAUAUUGGGUUUAAAUUAGCACUAAUAAUUAAUUAGUGUUUCUUUUUCCAGGCACUAACUAAGUUUUAGUAGAAGAUAGGUAGUGAGCUGGUAUUUGUUCUUUAGUAGAGUUAAGUUGAUAACUUGAUGUUAUAAUUAAGAUUAGUACUUUAAUAGUAAGUGGUUGUUUUGAUUAAUUAGGACCAGACUCUUGUCAUGAGUAUUAGUGUAAUUGUAAGGUAGUAUGUAUUAUUAUUUGUUGUAUUGACAUUAAUGUCAUUAGUUAUAAUACUUUACGACUCUUUAUCAUGCGUGUCAAGCUCCUCAAUCAGAGGCGGACAUGAG